AUGACUACUAUAAUACCAAGUUUUAUUGCGCUUAUAGCAGAUGAUAAUAAACCUAUUUUAGUUUACGUUCCUCAUAGUGAAGCAGAAGAUGUUAAUAAAGUUUUGCAAUACAAUACGUUCGCUAACAUUGCGCUCGACUAUUUUGAUAGCCAGUUAUUUCAAUGGUCCUCUUUGGAAAACCAUUAUGCAAUAAAAUCACUUUUUGAUGUUGAAGGUGUAUCCGUUUAUGGCAUGUUGAUUAAGCCAACUGGUCUGAAAAUAAUAAUCGGAUUUGAUACAUUAAAAUUGAAAUCUGAUGAGAAGAAGGUAAAUUUAGUGUUUGAAAUGGUAAAAAGAAUAUAUAUCAGGGUCAAGUGUAAUCCACUUAUGGAUGCGACAGAUCAAUCUAACGACAAGCUGGUAGAGAGCUUAGAGAGUAAGUUUGGUCAAUGGCUUAGUACACACCAGGUCCCAGGGAAGGAAUUAACAACAGAACCUGUUACAGAAGGUAUCAUAGUAGAUAAUGACCAGUCACAAAUUGAACUAGUUAAGUAA